CACAAAGAACACAAACCAUACCAGACAAUGCUGGUAUUGGGUAGUCAAAAGCUCACAGAACUGAGGGAUUCAAUUUGCUGUGUCAGUGACCUCCAGAUUGGUGGAGAAUUCAGCAACACUCCUGACCAAGCCCCUGAGCACAUCAGCAAAGACCUAUACAAAUCAGCCUUCUUUUAUUUUGAAGGAACAUUUUACAAUGAUAAAAGAUAUCCAGAAUGUAGAGAUUUGAGCAGAACUAUCAUUGAGUGGUCAGAGGCCCGUGAUAGAGGCUAUGGCAAGUUUCAGACUGCUAGAAUGGAAGAUUUCACCUUCAAUGACUUGUAUAUUAAACUGGGUUUUCCUUACUUAUACUGUCACCAGGGUGACUGUGAACAUGUUGUUGUCAUUACUGACAUAAGGCUUGUGCAUCAUGAUGACUGCUUGGAUAAGACACUUUAUCCCCUUCUUAUAAAGAAGCACUGGCUAUGGACCAGAAAAUGUUUUGUUUGUAAAAUGUACACAGCUAGGUGAGUGAUACUU